AUGGCAUGCACGGCUUCAUUCAAUCGCAAUAUUGCAAUUGAUGGUUUCGUUCCUUAUCUUUCUUUGUUCGUUUCGUUAUCAUUCUUCCUUUGUCUUGGUGUCGGAUUCCACUUUUUUUACGGACCGUGCUCGGAGACCCGUAUGGGCAAAUGUUCUAGUUAUUAUAAUACGCUGCCAUUCUUUUGUGCACAUUUACAGGGAUGGACAACCUUUCAAAUCACUAGAAAGCAAACAAUGUCCGCAUUGACUGAUUUCGACACUAUCACAAACCAAAAUGUCAUUGCUGGGCUAACAGCUGUGCCUAAACAAUGUAUGGUCGUGGAAAGCUCAAGAUUGUUUGCUGACAAUCCAAGUCUAUCCUACACAUCUUCCUACGGGUCGGACCAGUUCGAAGCUGUUCUUUUUGAACAAGCUGUCCAAUACGCUGCUACGACUGCCGCGUCACAAGCACCUUUUCGUUCGACUGUGCCCUCAAUAUAUAGUCCCUCACCCAGCGGGAACAACAAUACGAGGACUACACAUGAUACAAACUCAUCUCGUUUUGAUGAAGGUUGUUUAUUGGAUGAUGAUGAGGACGGCAGCAUCCUCAGCAAUCUCCCCAACUCAUGCCACGAUUUUGAGCUCAAGGAGCUACAUAUUCGUCUUGAGCGAAAUCACUCGAGUCCGUUAAUAGGAGGCCACACCUCUCCAGCAGUUUCGAGUCGUUUGUCUAGUAACUGUCCUUCCACGGAGCCACCUAUUGACCCUGCAGAGCCAGAAGAUCUAGAGGUGCAAUUCAUCAAUGAAUGUUUUGAAGAACAACAGCGGCAGAAUAAGAUGUAUCAAAGUGGUAACUUGAAGACACUCUUCUAUCACGGAAGCUCUGAAAUCGAUUCUUCAAAGGCUGCGAACCAAUCAGGUACGGACAAGAGUGCGCAUUCUUCAUUAGAGCGUCCAGAACGGCUUCCUUAUGCAAAAAAGCUCAGUACUCACGACACAUCAUCAAGUAGUACCUCUCAAUACGAUUGUCGUCCCGUCACAUCACCAACGUUCUCUAAUAUCAACGAAAAUUUCGAACCAUUGCUUACACCAAAGUCAGAGGCAUUGAUCAAAAAACGAGCUAAACAGGAGCCAAAAGCAUCUUCUAAUCGGAGAAGAGUAUCCGAACCUCUUGCCCAAAAACCUCCUUUAUUUUGGAACGGUUUGAACACCGAAAGUGGUGCUCCUAGUUCCGCAGAAUUGCUUGAGUCAGCCAAUAUUCGCCACCUCAGUUUCGAUCAGUACUUUCACGGUUCGACACCUGAAAGUGUUAUACACGAUCCACUUUGCUGUGAAGGGGCCACAGAAACUCUUUCAAAAGGUGUUCUUGAAAGCUUAUUCGCUGGAGUUGUACUGACACCAUCUGGAACGGAGUCAGAAGAUCAUCCAUACACAUUUUGGAAGCCUGAACAAAGUAAAGCAGUUCGGUCGCUCUACAUGGAUCACUGGGAUACUCCUGAAUAUUCUUCCAAACACCAAUCCUCAACGAUUGGGGUUGAGGAUAAUGUGAAAAAAUGUGAUGUUUCUGGGAAAAUGGUUCCUUUAUCGGAUCUGCCAAUGCAGUCUAAAUCGCGCGCUAGUGAUGUGGAUGCUCCGAAGAAGUCUUCCAACGAAGUCGCUGACGUCGUGAGCAUUGAGGAAGGAGAUUCUUGGGAGGAUCUUGACGACAUGAAACUCGAGCAGCAGAUGAAAGAGUUGAAACUUGAAGUUUAUGGUAGACCUGCAAGACAUCCCAUUAAUUACUUUGCACCACCAGUCACAUAUUCGCCUCCGUGGGAUCCUACGUUUUUAAGUCAUGUUCUUGAAGCAUAUGACGUUCCUGAGUAUAAACUUGCCGAAGACGUUGUGAAUGCGUUAGCUUCUACGGAUUGGUGCACUGCUUCGGUGAAGUGGCUAGAACGCAAGAUGGUGUUCAUUGUGUUUGGAAGCGAACGCCAAGGUACCGAGUGUGAAGCUCGUGGAAAAGUGGUAGAUGAGAAGCCUGUGAAAUGCUGUGAAUUUCGAGUAAAAACAUGGCAGAGCGUAGUUUUGAUGUUGAAAAUAUCGUUAUUUGCGAAAAACUAA